AGGCCAACACCGCUCCGUGACGUCAUCAGCCAAUGAUUCCAAAGAGCGAGAAGUAAGAUGCAAAAAUCGAGGAACUCCCGACGAUUUUGCGAGGCUUGGGCAAGAUGGGAGGGUGUGUAGGGACGGCCAGGGAAGGCUCUGCUUCAAGCCGUACCUCAUCGGGCGAGGGAUCCACCUCACUGAGAGGUGGUACAUCAAUAGGAAAGAAUGUUCCCCUCCGGCACGAGAAGAUCCGGUGGAAGUCCGACAUGCCUUUGACGGAGGGCCAAGUGAGGAGUAAGAGGGAUGAAUUCUGGGACACGGCGCCGGCCUUCGAGGGGCGGCGUGAGAUUUGGGAUGCCCUGAAAGCGGCUGCGGGAGCCAUAGAGAACCAGGACUAUGAUUUGGCACAAGCCAUCAUUGAUGGAGCAAGUAUUACCUUACCCAAUGGAACCUUGACGGAUUGUUAUGAUGAACUUGGGACCAGGUAUCAGUUGCCAGUGUACUGCUUAUCAUACCCACUCAACAUCCUGCAACGUUCACCAGAUAAGGAGGGUGAUAAUGAGACAGAGGGGAGUGUUGAGGGAGAGGAACAGGUCUUGAAAGUCCGGCUCUCCACCACAAGCAAAGAUGUCAAAUUACCCGUGCGCUCGACAGACACUAUAGCCACUGCGAAGAGGAAAUUAGAGAUGCAGGAGAACCUGGGUGCGGUUCGCCAGCGCUGGUUCUAUAGUGGGAAGUUGCUGGGUGACCGGUUGCACGUGUGUGAAUGCAACAUCCAGCACAACUACGUGGUGCAGGCCAUCAUCACAGAGGAGCGGAUGACGCCUGUGGAUAGUUGAGGAUGUGAGGAUGGCUUCUAGGGGAGGCGCUUGCCUUUGUAAUGCUUAUGAUGUCAGAGGAGGAGGAGGAGCUCUGUUUCAAUGUGAUAUUUCAAAAGUGUCGUUUAUUGUGAGUGAUUGUUCUGAUUAUGAUUUUUUUUUUUUCUAAAAGGGUUCAUGUGAAAUGAGUUGUAGAUAUGCUAUAGGUAAGGAAGCUUUAUUUAUAGAUUUUGAUUUUUUCUUUUAAUCAUUUCUUUUCCUAAUUAAGGGUUCAUGGUAUUUUUGCAUGAUGCCUUCCAGCUGAUAUUAAGACAGCCAAGGAUUUUUAGUCAGAUAAUGUGUGAGUGCCUCAGCAUUAAUAAAAAAGUUAGUAAAAUGGGUAAUGAUAUAAAAAGGGAAAUUUUAUGUCCCAAAUGAUAAGGGCAGAAUAAAAGCAUUCUUUUCCCCUCCCUUUUUUAACCAUUUUUGUCAAAAUUCAGUAAGUUUUUCUCAGAAAAAACUGGGCUAUAACUAUAUUUCUUAUUCAUUUAGUAAUUUUUGGUUUGAAAACCUUGUUGAAGUAAGUCACAUGAAAUAUUUGUUGAUGAGGAGAAGGAAACUACCAGGCAUAGGUAGAUAUCAUGAUAUUCUGUGAUCAGAAUAGGUAAUAUUAAGAUAUAAAAAAGAACAGGUUCUUCACUUUCGAACAUCAAAAAGUACUUUUUUUUUUUAUAUAUAUAUGCAGUAACCCAAGUGCUGUCAUGUGGUCCGUUAUAUAUAUCAUCAUUGCCCAGAUAAACCAUAAAAUAUCAAAAUAAGGAAGAACAACAAAGAUAUUGUUGGAGAUUGCUGGUUUAUAUAUCUCCUGUAUAUGUACAUGAAACAUUUCAAAUUAAUCAUUGACAUAAUUGAGAAGAGCCUUUACUUGUGAGUACACACUGCUUAUGCAAACAAGGGAUAGAUAGUUUAUUGCAGUCAUUUCACAGUAUGAUUCUCAUCUGAUCAUUUUGUAAGUGGCAGUGCUAUUGUACUGUAGUUUUGGAGUGUUGUUGGAUAUAUUCUCAUUAAGCAUUUGCCAUGUAUAAUUAACUUUUUAAAAGCAUGACUCAGUUUGGAAGAUAAGUUUAAUGAGAGUGACAUUGUCUGCUUUCACCUUAAGACACACUUUACAAAUCUAAAAAGAAAACCAUGAUGGGCUAAGACAGUAUUUUCUUGACAACAUAUUGGAUUGGCAGUUUGUAGGCAGUAUUAGAAUGAAUUCUAGUGGAGGGGCAUUUUAUAAGCUUGCAUGCUGAUACUGGGUCUUUUCUUAAUAUACUCUUUGAUGUAUUUGAGUGUGUGUGUGCAGCUGUAGAGAACCUUUUUCACUAUUUUAAGUGUGGAGCAUCAUCCUUUGUAACACAAAGAUUAGAUGUCACACAAACCAUGGGAUUAUGAAGAUUAAGGUAAACCAUGAUCUGUUAUUCAUGUCAUCCUAAUAUAGAAAUAAUAGGCUUCUUCAAAAAAAAUAUAUACUCUUAUCUUUUUGUAUUAUAGUAAGAGGACUAAUAAUUAUCAGGAGACUUACACAAAGAGGGAAAGAUAGUCAGCUCAGAAAUCCUUGGAGACCCAUGAGUGUGUAAAUACCUUCCAAGCAUCAGCAAGCAAUGGCCUAUUUAUGGCCCCACCCUAAGAGACUGUGAUAUGGUCUUUAGUAGUUUAAUGAUCUUGGAUAUGUAACCCUUAAAAGGUCAUAGGUGUAGGCCUCAUUACUCUUUUGUUGUCCUUUAUUAUUUUUAUUGUUAGAUAUUAUUUAGUCUGUUUUAUAUACUUGGUUAAGAGGCACGUGAUGUGGAUCCAUUUCACCUUGAUUUUUGGGGGGUGACUUGCCCUGAGUUGGAGACUUGGCAUAACAAACCUCUAGUCAUACUGUUGUCUUGGUUUAUUCUGGGAUUAUUUCCGUCUCAUGAAAAAGAAAACCACAAUUAUGGAAUAAGAAUUAUUUAUUAGAUCUGCGUUAUUCUUUAGAAUUGUAUGGAAUUAAAUGUAUUUUUUUUUUUCAAAAUCACAGAUUGUUUAUUUGUUAUACUUUAAUUUUUACUUGUCUUUACCAGGUCAUGGUAGAGUGAUGUGUUUUUAUAUCUUUUUGUUGAAGGGACUUCUUUUUCUGUUUUCCCUUCUCUUAAUUUUCUUCUAAGCAGGUCAGUUGCAAAGGCCAAAAGCAACCUUUUUCAUAGGGUUGUCUGACAUAAAAGAGAGGAAAGUGAUUGAGUGUUAUACUUUGAGAUGAAGAAACAUUCAUGGUAAUAUUUGUAAAAUUGAUAAUAUUUACAAUCUAAUCUUGGUUUUUGGUUGAUAUAUUUGAUGAAGGGGGAGAUAUGCAGUGGAGUGACCUUAAAGGUGCUGUAUCUCUUACACACAGCUGAAAAUUUCAGAAUAUAUUAAAUAAAAGGUCUUUUUAAAAAGAUUUUUCAAAGGGGGUAUAAUCUUUAAGGAUUUUUCUUUUGUACUUUCUUUCUUCAUUUUAUCUUUUCAAUUUUUUUUUUUUUUUUUUUUUUUUUUUUUUUUUUUUUUUUUGUCAAGGAAAAGAGGAUAAGAGAGGUCAGCACAAGGAACACUUCACUUGUAUGUAGUUUGAGCUCCAAAUGAUGUGUUUUGCAUAUAUUUGAAAAAGCUUAUGUUUCUUGGUGCUUUGGAGACAUUACUUUAUACAAGGUGUAAUUUCUUUCCUCAUGUUUCACUGUAAAUAUUAGAACAGAAGCUGAAAUUUGAAAAAAUACCUUUUUGAUAAAUACUAAAGAAAUGUACCUACAUAGUUGUGAAAGGUGAUUUAACAUGCAGCUGCUAUUUGAAAGCUGUUAUGUUAAAAUAUGGACAAAUAGGAAAGUUGAUAAUCCUUAAAAGCAUUUAUUGUGAGACUCUGACCUCAUCUAAUAGUUUUUUUCCUACCCAGAAUGUUCUAGCACAAUUGUAUGCGUAAGAGGGGUGUAAUGCACAAACUGACACAAGUAUCAGGGUUUGUCACAAGUGAUGGAAUAUUGUCAACUUUGAAUCUGUUGGCACAGUCAUCUGUCUUUGUUCAAGACAACCUGCUUUAGUUGCCAUCUGUGUAUUUCCUGUGAAGGUGUAAAUUACUACUUACAGCACAAUCAGGUCUUGGAAAAUGUUCUUACCUUCUCAUGUCACAAUCAUAGAUGUAGGGGUGAUCACUUUUGAGUGUCAGGAAGAAGAAUCUUGCAUGUAAUAGCACAAAUGUGUACAGUUAUGGGCAACAGAUGUACCUAUAACUGGUAAUGUAUGUAAGUGAGGGUGGAUAGAUAGUGGAGAUAAGACUUCUUUGAGUGUAAUAAUGAUUCAGGGAGUUACUCUUUUGUUUGAUCUCUCACUUUGGUUCUUUUGCUCAAUCAUAAAUACACAUAGUACACAGCUGUUAUAUAUAUAGACAUGCUCGUGUAUUCAGCCACGCGUGCAGAUAUCAGGUGAAGACAUCCACAGAGAAGUACUUUUGAUUCAGUAAGAGAUAAAGUUCCUGCAGAAUUCAAAGAAGAUGAUGCAUUUGUUGUGUUUAACUGCACAAAAGCCUUGUUUUUUGUACCAUAAAAGAUUUUGCUUGUUUAAUAUUUUAUAAAAAAAUGCAAGUUUGACUUACUUUACAUCAUACUAGUUAUAUCAGUGUAGGUUUUGACUUUUGCUGUUUAGAUGCUUUGAAUGAGAGGGCUUUGACAUUGAGGAAUUUGAGAAUAUGGGAUUAGAUAUGAUUUGGUUCAUUUUUAAUUCUUAUGUUUUUUAGUUAGGACUUAAAUAUGGUGUUGAACUAAAGGCCUAUAUAUUAUUUUUAUCAUUGCAGAUAGUUACCAAUUAUUAGUACAGGAAGAGCUAUUAGACGUGGUAUCUACAACUUGUCUUUGAUAGUGGACUGCUCGUGAAAGUCUUAGGGUCUGAAAUUUAACGUUUGAAGCAAGAAAAGAUCUUUGAAAACCAUAAAAAACUCUUUUUACUACCUGCAAGUUUAUUGGCUUGGGGAAAGAUCAUCUGAUUAUUUGAUAGAGGUAAAUAGAUUAUUGACAGUAUAAAAUGUACGUAAAUUUUGCACAUGCACACAUGCACACACCCAUUUUGUGUUUUGUGUUUGUCUGUUUGUGUGCGUGUUUGUGCAUGUUUGUGUCUGUGUGUGUGUGUGUGUGCGUGCGUGCGUGCGUGCGUGCGUG